GUAUUCCUAUCCGGACCCUCUUAGCAAACGCACCGUUGCCAUUGGAUGCAGCAGCAGCUUCGGUAGCAUGCUAACACUGCUAAAAACAUAGACAUCACAAUCGUGGCUAACGCAGCUAAAAGUGAAUAAGACGAAGGAGAUAAAACGUCCCCUUUUGCUCUAUGACGUCAUGGGUGGUCGGCGUAGUGGCGUCAUCACUGAGGUAAAUGACCGUUACGUUUUCUGUAACUACCUGAUCUAACAGCUGGAUUAGCUGUCAAGUCUUUAUACUCAGUGGUGGUCAGCAGGUUUAGCUGUUAGCUUACGGGUGGCUGCCUUGUUAUAUUUUGUCAAAUGCAAAAAAAAUGUUAUAACGCAGCUGUAUUAAAUACUUAGAUCUUAUUGGUCAGUACUUCACAGCAACGGUCUGUUGUUUUGAUGAUAGCGUACUGUUGCUAUGGAGAACAGUUGCUAAGUUUGGGGGCUCUGGUGGACGGGUUUUAAUCUUCAAAACGUCGGGUAAAUUUGGCAUUGAUUUAUCCAUGUUGGGAUACAAAGAGAGCAGAGUAACUGGGGGACUAGCUGGAGAUUUUAAAGACAUAAAACCUGUCAACUUUAAAACUAUGGAUGGAGAAAAAAACUAAAAACAACGUGGUCUUUCACAUGGGGGUGUUUGAGGGCUGGUAAAUGAUUCCAGACUCUGCGAUGAGACAGAAAAACUCAGUCUGGAAGUGUUUAAUCUGUUUUGUCUUCAUCUUCAAACUCUGACCUGGUUUUGCUCCAUCAGGUUCCGUCCCAGGAUCAGAUGACCCCCUGAACUUUCCAGGUGUUUGACCAUGACAGAAAUGGACCUGGAUCUGGACCACUACAGACCCAGCAUUGGCACCAUCCCUCCUGUCACCAUGCUUGAUUUUUUCCCCCUGAACCCUCCAACAUGUCCGACUCUAAUCCAGCAGCUGUAGAGGAAAAACCACUGAGGUCUCCUGGUCCCAGUCGGCCCCCUCUGGCAGAGAAGGCUCUGUCAGAGGCUUAUGGCCGACUCAGGUACCGAGACACGUCCCUGCUGAUCUGGCAGCAGCAGCAGCAUGACCUGCAGACAGCCCCUCCCUCUAACUACCUGAGCCGCAGCCAGUCUGCAUUGUACAGCAGCUUUGGGAACCAAGCUGUGGUGGUCCGGGACAAGAAGAACCUGGAGGACGCAGAGGGGCGUUCCAGGAUCUGCAGUGUCAUGUAAUCAAGAACCAGAAAGCUGGAAAGACUAAGUAAGACAAUAACAGUAAGACUGAGUUCUCUGACUGAGUUCUUGCUGUCGUUUACAGGUGGAUCAGAUAUCUUGUGGUUCUUUGGACCUUGAAGGAGUUUCUUUAAAUCCACAAUUUCUAUGAGGUUUUUCAUUUGUGGCCCUUAAAAUGAUCCUUUCCUGCGUUUUCCCCCUCCUUCUUAGCUUUAAUGUUCUGAUUUCAGCAAUGUCGAAAUCUCCUGUGAUCCAAAGGAAAAGACUGAUUUGAAACAUAAAACCCACAAAACACAUAUUGAAACGUUUUUGUUGUGAACUCUGUCAGAAAUGUUUGUUUUUUUGCCAAGUUUAUUUCUUUUACGUGCAGCUGUCAGGAUCAGGGUCAAAAACAGCUUCCAGGUUUGACUUAAAAUUCCGGAUUUAUUAGCAAAAGAGAAAAAUCUGAGGAAAAGUGUUAAUACCAAACAAAUCCAGGUUUAUGAAAGUAGUAAAUCUUAUAUUGCAACACCAACAAGGAUAUUAAAAGUACUGUUAACACUAUGACUUUGUACUUUCAAGUUAUUUGAUGGAGAGUUUUUGCUCUUCUCUGCCAGGACAGCUCAAAUAUGUUUAAGAGUAGAGGAUGAGAGGAAACAAGUGUCAAGACUGGGAAUCAAACAAGCAGCUGCAGCAUUAAGGACUACAAGUCUGUGUCAAUGAGCCAAAUAAAUCCCCACUCUAAAUAACAAACAGAAUUACAACAGAGUAGUAAAGCCAGUAUGUGACAACAAUAAUAUUAAUAGCUCCAUAUAUAACUAGAUUGAAGUCAUAAUUUUAGAAUAAUCACGAGUUUUUAACCACUUUAUUACACAAAGGGAUAUUAUUAUGAGAUAAAAGUCAUCAAUGUCCAAGUUUUUAGUUGUAAAAGAUUAUAGUAAAUUUAAUACAAGAUCAAAGUCAUUUAAUUGAAAGUAACGUCAUCAUAUAAUGUUUUAAAAGUCAUCAUGUAAUGGGGAUAAAGAUAUAGUUUUUCACUCGUCAUUAAUCAAGUUUGAAAUCAUUUUAAAUUACGAGUUUUUACUCCUUAUGAGAUAGAAGUCAGUAUCGUACAGAAAUGAAGUCAUUACGAGAUGACCUUCUUUACUGUGGCCCUUAUUUUGAGUUUUAGUUAGAAUAAAGCUGGAAAAACUCCACCGAAAUCCUUUGAUUUGGGCUUCAACCACAGAGUUCAUUCUUAUAUAUCUGAAGUAAUCAGUGAAUGUCAGUAUUAAACUUUAUCUUUACUGUUUCUUAGAUCAAACUUAACUUAUGAAAUAAGUAAAAAAAAGAAAGAAAAAGGUCCAGAUGUUUUCCAGAGAAGAUUCACCUCACUCUGAUGUGAGUUUGAUAAAGUUUGUUUCACUGACAGAUCUAAUGAGGUCUGAAAUUCAGGUUCAGUAUGGUUCCCCACAGCUGAAAGUGUGGUUCAUGUGCAUUGUGGGAAAUGUAGGUGUUACAAAUUAAUCAUAACUCAAAGGUUUUUAGAUGUAAACUUCAAUGUAGCAGUUUAACUACACAGUCUGUUUUUUUUUUUACUGCAGAAAUAAACAUUUUACUCUUGAGAGAAUGAUUCUUGAUUUAAGAUAACAAGGUAUAGAAGAUUCUAGCUUAGUUAUUCUAGCAACCUUUAGAAGUGAUUAAAACAGUAGUACCUUUAGUGUCCACUUGAGGCUGGCUCCAAAGAAACCCCAUUUCAAAGGACAUUUCUGCAGCAAAAAUAUAUCUUUCACACAAACAGU